GGAAACACAUGAUCCAUCUUCGACUGUUGAAGAAAGAUGCAUCGUUAAAACACUCGUAAACCUAAAUUCGGGAAACCGGGCCCAGGUUAGGUGUACGUGUGUCACCUUUUCAGUUCAAGAAACGGGUUUCUCUAUUUGUCCCAAUGUAUGUAUAGUUUUUCCUGGUGGGGUAUCCGUAGUUGGUGAUACGCAUUGUGAAGAAGAAUGUUGAUGUUGUCAAAGUUGAAGAGGAAGACUCAGUGGUAAACAAACUCAAAAUCGUGUAAAUUGCUUGUCCUGGCUGGAGACCUGAGUGAAGGAUCAUGGGUAACACAGGUGACCGGAUGUCCGGUGAUCGCCAUGGCGCUAAGGCCCAUCGAUCGGACAGCAGAGGCAGCGACAAAGACCAUGAGCCCAGCAAGAUGGUGGACAGCACAGACGAUCCUAACAUCUUCAACACACACGGACUGGGGUCCUCCAAGGCCUCGGACAAGGAGGAGCCUGACCUGGAUGACUUGGUGAAGACGGGGCCUCAGUCCAGACCUACAGUCAUCCGCUGGGCCGGAGGAGGGAAGGAGGUCUACAUCGCGGGCUCCUUCAACAACUGGGGCAACAAGAUCCCCCUCAAUAAGAGCCACAAUGACUUUGUAGCGAUCCUGGACUUGCCAGAGGGAGAGCACCAGUACAAGUUCUUUGUGGAUGGACAGUGGGUCCAUGACCCCUCAGAGCCAGUGGUGACCAGCCAGUUGGGCACCAUCAACAACCUGAUCGAGGUGAAGCAGUCGGACUUUGAGGUGUUCGAUGCUCUGCAGGUGGACUCUCUGGAGUCCACUGACAGCUCAGAUCUGUCCAGCUCCCCUCCAGGACCCUAUGGACAGGAGCAGUACAUGUUUAGGCCUGAGGAACGCUUCAAAGCCCCGCCCAUCCUCCCCCCACACCUCCUCCAAGUCAUCCUCAACAAGGACACCAACAUCUCUUGCGACCCAGCCUUGCUGCCUGAACCCAACCAUGUGAUGCUCAACCACCUUUAUGCUCUCUCAAUAAAGGAUGGAGUGAUGGUGCUCAGUGCGACUCACAGGUAUAAGAAGAAGUACGUCACAUCUCUGCUCUACAAGCCCAUCUAACCUGUCUGUGUAGGUGCAGAGUGGUAUAGAGGGCGGCAUGUUAAAACUGUACUGGGUUUAAUCGUUGUGUAGCUGAGAUUGCACUAAACUAACAGUUUACUGAUGAGCUAGGGGGUCUGUGGCUGAGACUGGGGGCAAAUCUCAAAGGACACCCUUUUCCUUGUACAGUGACCUACAGGGCUCCACAAAGGGCUCAAAGUAAUGCACUCGAUGGGGAAUAGGGUUUAAUGUGAGUGUCGGCGUGUGACCCUCACAAGGGAAAAUACUAUAAGAAAAGGGACUGAGAAGGAAACUGCUGUUUGUGUUUGUGUGGAGCACUUAGAUUCUUUGCAUGCGGGUGUGUAGAAAGAACAUUUAGUUCCAUUUAAAAACAUGAAGGUUUGAAGAAAAGUCUUCUGGUGGAACUUGGAAAUGCAUAUAAUCAAGAUGAUGUUUUAUUAAAUGAGCUUUUAAAGGAUAUGAACACGGAAAGAGGGCCGUUGAAUGUUGCUGGCUUGGAUUAUCGUACGCUCCCAUUUUUUCUCUCCAUAUUAUUACUGUAGUUGGACAAUGACUGGAGUCAUUGGAGGUUCAUGCAGGGUCUUGUUUGGUCCCAAUGGGUCGAUGACCACUAAUCGAAUCAUGAUAUGCAAUUGGACAGGCUGUAAAUUGAACUGAAUUGUAAUGAAGUCAAAGUAUAACAAACGAUGGGUAUUAUGUAGUAUAGCCCGUUUAAGCCCAUCCCACUGGGCACACACUGGCCAAAUCAACUUUGUGUCCACGUCAUUUCAAUGUUAGUACGUCUGUGCUCAUUGGGAUACGAUUCACACUUUUGAAAAUGUGAAAAUCCCUUUAAACUACUGUAGAGGCCUCCAUAUUAAUUAGAAUAUAUUAACUAGGGGUUCUCGUUGUGGAAUGUUGGGCCGUGGCUGUAGACCUGUGCUUAGUGCUGCUAUUGUCUUUAUGACACGAUGCUGCAAGCACUUUAGUUACCCACCCAUGUGUCUCCAACAAAUGCUUUGAGCAGGACUGUUGACAUAAGCUUUUAACUAUGCAGGUAUACGGAAAAAAUAUUGUACAGUAGCUUUAUAUUGGACCUCGGUGUCCAAGCUGCAUUUUAUUGGCCUAGGUACAGAAAUGGCUGUGCUACGUGGGUUUCUCUCUCUAGCCCAUUUUCUGUUUGUCCAAUAGGAAUCUAUUUGUCUGUGUGCCAUAUUUAUAGCUUACACUCCCAAAUACUGGUUUGUCUUGAAUGUUGUGGAGGAAUUGAAUGUCUAGUACGAACAGUUUACUGUAGAAUAUGUGGUGGAUUUCACAAGUGUGGUCUCAUUAUGAAUUUCAAUCAAGAUUCAAAAUGUCAGUCAGUAAAGUAUAAAAUGGCCCAUAUGGAUUUCAUAAGAAUGUGAAAAAAUGUACUUUCAUCAAGAUUGUUACAUUACAAAUGUUUGACCAUACACCAUUUCAUAUGUGUACCUUGUAAGAGUACUGUACCUGUGAUACCAGUAAUCAAUGUGGGCCGAUAUGUAGGUAAUAUACUCCAAAGAGAAUAUAUAUAUAUAUAUAUAUAUAUGAGAUUUUAUUUGAAGAAACUGAGUAAAGAAACUAUUACUGAAAGCCAUAUCUCACUCUGAGACUAUACACUGGAACACCUUCCUAGUAUUGAGUUCCACCUCGCUUUGCCCUCAGCCUCAUUUCGUCAGGGCAGGGCCAUGGACUCUACAAGGUGUUGAAAGCGUUCCACAGGGAUGUUGGCCCAUUUUGACUCCAAUGCUUCCCACAGUUGUAUCAAGUUGGCUGGAUGUCCUU